GACCAGCAGGUGGCGCUGGUGUCCACGUGCCCUGGAGUUUAAAAUGGCGUCGCAGUACUACCAGGAGAUGGAGGAGAGCUUCAAAAAUAACAAUAAAAGUCGCGAGUUCCCGGCUCAUACGGCUAAAGUGCACUCGGUGGCCUGGAGCUGUGACGGCAGAAGACUCGCCUCUGGGUCAUUUGACAAAACCGCCAGUGUUUUUAUCCUGGAAAAGGACCGUUUGGUGAAGGAGAACAACUACAGAGGCCACGGUGACAGCGUGGAUCAGCUGUGCUGGCAUCCAACCAACCCCGACCUGUUCGUUACAGCGUCUGGAGACAAAACCAUCCGCAUCUGGGACGUGCGCACCACCAAGUGUAUCGCUACCGUCAAUACUAAAGGAGAGAACAUCAACAUCUGCUGGAGCCCUGACGGUCAGACUAUUGCUGUGGGAAACAAGGAUGAUGUCGUUACUUUCAUCGAUGCAAAGACCCAUCGCUCCAAAGCAGAGGAGCAGUUCAAGUUUGAGGUGAACGAGAUCUCCUGGAACAACGACAACGACAUGUUCUUCCUCACAAACGGCAACGGCUGCAUAAAUAUUUUGAGCUAUCCAGAGCUGAAGCCCAUUCAGUCCAUCAACGCUCACCCGUCCAACUGCAUCUGUAUCAAGUUUGACCCCACAGGAAAAUACUUCGCUACAGGAAGUGCAGAUGCCCUGGUCAGUCUGUGGGAUGUGGAGGAGCUGGUGUGUGUCCGCUGCUUCUCCAGGUUAGAUUGGCCAGUGAGGACACUGAGCUUCAGUCAUGAUGGCAAGAUGUUGGCCUCGGCCUCAGAGGAUCACUUUAUAGAUAUCGCAGAGGUGGAAACAGGAGAGAAGCUGUGGGAGGUUCAGUGUGAUUCUCCAACCUUUACUGUGGCCUGGCACCCGAAAAGGCCGCUGUUGGCCUACGCCUGUGACGACAAGGAGGGAAAGUACGACAACAACAGAGAGGCGGGCACUGUCAAACUGUUCGGUCUCCCCAACGACUCAUGAGAUUGAUCGCCUCAGUUUCUGCUGGUAAAAACAGGUGUUUUCUAAGAAAGGGAAGCCGCUUUCCAGCCGAGCAGAAGUUGCAGCAGUAACUUCAUGCCACCAGCAGAUGGCGCCUCUGUUCCAGUUUCCUCUAGGACCGUUAGCUUCCGUUCAUACACACAAAUCACAGUGUAAUAUAUUGUCUUUUUGUAAAAUAUGCUUCGUUUUGAUAUUAAAAAUCUGUUUCUUUUUUUAA